UCGCUGUGAUCUCUCCAUUGCCCCCCUUGCCGGGUUCUCAUGCCUGCCUCUGUUGCAGACUUGGGGCGCGGGCCCCAGCGCCUCAUGCGAACUGGCAUCACCCUGAUCACCCUGGGUCACUUGAACUUCAUCCUGGGCGCCAUCGUGCAUGGCUCAGUCCUGCGCCAUGUGGCCAACCCUGAGCGCACAGUCACCUCUGAGUACACGACCGCCAACAUCAUCUCUGUUGGCUCUGGGCUGCUGAGCAUUGCUGCUGGGAUUGUGGCCAUCUUGGUGUCCCGUAACCUCGACACGUCAGCCCUGGUGAGUGAGCAGCAGGGGCCUGGGGUCAGAGCACGGAUGUUGAGUGUCACAGCCUGGGAACGCUGGGGCAGGGCUGAGCUCCUGCAGGAAGCAGCAGUCAGGGCUGAAGGGCCACCUGCCCCUCCCAGGCCCCUUGUGCUGGGCUCUGCACCCACCCCUGCCUGA